AUGCUGAAUAUUAUUUAUGUGGUUUCCUUGAUAUUAAUAAAAUUUAUCUUUUAUAAGGAAUGUAAUAUUAAUAAUUUUUUAAGUAAUAUAGAAUUGUAUAAUUAUAAACUAAGGAAGAAAAACAGGAUUCUAAAUAAUAAUAUAAAUGAUAGGAAAUCCUUUUUGUCUGAGUUAGAACAAAAUUACAAACCAUUAUUUGAGAUAUAUGAGUUAUCAGCUAAUUUUGAGAAAGGAAGAAAAGAGUUAGAAAAAAAAACAAAGGGAGAAGAAAUAGAAAUAGAAAAAAAAAAAGAAAAUGAGAAAAAAGAGGAAUAUGAAGAAGAAAAUGAUUUGGAAAAAGAAUAUAAUGAUGUCAUAAAUUUAUUAGAAUUAAGUUUAAGUUCUGAAAAUAAGGAACUAAGUGCCGAUGUAAGUAAUAAUGAUAACUCUGGACAUGAGGAAAAUAAUAAAUACAAAUUAAAUGAAAAAAAUUCUUCAAAUUAUAAAAAUGAUAAAUCUCUUGAUGAAUUAAUUAAGGGCGAAAUACUUAAAUUGAAACAGAAUCCAAAUAUAAAAAAUAAAAAUAUUUUGGAUUAUGAUAAAAUAUUUAAAAUAAUUAAAGAAAAAAUAAUCAAUAAGAAUUUAGCUAGUAACAAAAUAAAAGGGGGUGAUAAUCAAAAAUUAAAAGAGGAAAAAAAACAAAGCUAUAUAUCAACAAAUGUGGAAGCCAAAAAAGAUAUCAUAAAUGAUCAACUAAAUAAAGGUAUACCUACAAAGAAAGGAAAUAAAGAUGAUAUAAUAAAUAAAGAAAGUAAUAAGGAGGAUAUUACUGAUAAAGGAAAAUCGAAUUCUCUUCAUAAUUUCAAUACAUUAAAUAAUGAAGGAAACAUAAUAACAAAAGUAUAUGACCACUAUACUAUAGUAACCAAUUCUAACGAUAUAUUAAAUGAUAUUUCUAUUGAUGCCUCAGAUAUUUCAAAAAAUAGUAUAGGAGGUAUUAAUAUACCUUUUAAUGAAAACGAUAAUAGUAGUUUUACUCAUCAAAGAUAUAUAGUAGUAUCAAACAAUGGAGAAAAAAAAUACAAAAUAGUUUUAAUGACAAAGAAUCCUAAAUUUAUGGAUAUGGAUGGUAUAUAUGAUGAAGAAGAAAAAAAAGGAUCUCUUAUUGAAUUAAAUCAAAAAAUAAAUAAGGAGGAAAAUACAAACCUUUAUGAUGGUACGGGGACAUUAUAUUAUGGUAAAAAAUCAAAAAAGGAAAAAGAAAAUACACAACAAAAAGGAGGAAAUAAUCCAAACGUAGGCAUACACAAACACAAUAAUAAUAAUAAUAAUAAUAAUAAUAAUAAUAAUAAUAAUAAUAAUAGUAAUAGUAAUAGUAUGAAUGACGAAGAAAUCAAUUAUCAUAAUAAUAAUAAUAAAGAAUCACCAAGUAUGUUCAGACGUUUUAUAAACUUUUUAAGUUUCUCAGGUAAUGAAAAUGAAAAAGAAGAUACUUUAAUUUAUCAUAAUAAAAAUGAUAUUUCCCACAAAAAUAAGAAACAACAAACUGGUAAAAAUAAUGAUAAUAAUGGUCUUAAUAAUAAUAAACAAAUUUUGUUAAAUGUUGAUAAACUUGUAGAUCAAUAUCUAUUAAACUUAAAAAAUAAUCACACGUCGAAACAAGAAUUGAUACUUGUACUUAAAGGAGAAUUAGAUCUUCAUUCGAAAAAUAUGAAAAAUGUUAUAAAUAAUGCAAAGAAAAAUUUAGAAAAAUAUUUUAAAGAACAUUUUAAAGAAUUUGAUAAAAUAUCAUAUGAUAUAUCAACACCCAUCAAUUUUCUUUGUAUUUUUAUACCAACUGUUUUUGAUAUGAAUAAUAUGGAUUUACUUAAACAAGCACUAUUAAUAUUACAUAAUGAUCUACACGAAUAUGUUGAAAAUUGGAGUUUUUCUAGUACCUACCAUACAUACGAAGCGGAUUAUAUAAAGGAAGAAGAUUCUGUGUAUGAUAGAUCUCCAAAGAAAAAAUAUAUAAAAGCCAAUAAAAAAUUAUAUAACAACAAAUAUUCUUUUUUAAAUAAAUUCUUAAAUAUUGAACCACUUAUAUUAUUUGCUAAAAAGUUAAAUUCAAAACGUUCAAAUAUUGAGAAAGAAAUUUUAAAUUUUUUACCUAAGGAAUUAAGAGAUUAUUCCACAUGGAAUUUGUCAAUUAUUAGAGUGUUCAAUGCGUGGUUUUUGGCUGGAUAUGGGAAUAAGAAUGUAAAGGUAUGUGUUGUUGAUUCAGGAGCAGAUGUAAAUCAUGUUGAUUUAAAUAGUAAUUUAUAUAUUCCAGAAUAUAAUGAAAAAUAUGAAAUGACUGAAGAUUUUUAUAAUUUCAUGGUAAAAAAUCCUACAGAUGCUUCAGGUCAUGGUACACAUGUCACUGGUAUUAUAGGAGGUGUAGCUAAUGAUUUAGGUGUAGUAGGUGUAGCUCCUAAUAUUACAUUAAUAUCAUUAAGAUUUAUUGAUGGAAAAAAAUAUGGUGGAAGUUUUCAUGCUAUUAAGGCUUUAAAUGUAUGUAUAUUAAAUAAAGCACCAAUUAUAAAUGCUAGUUGGGGCUCUAGUCAUUUCGACGUUAAUUUACAUCUAGCUGUGGAGAGAUUAAAAUAUACAUUAAAUGGAAAGGGUAGUGUGUUAAUAGCAGCAUCUGGAAAUAAAAGUAACGAUAAUGAUAUUUCACCUUUAUACCCUGCAACAUUUACAUUUCCUCAUGUUUAUAGUGUGGCCUCCAUUAGCAGAAAUUUUGAAAUUUCUCCGUUCUCAAAUUAUGGACACAAGAGUGUGCACAUUUUAGCCCCAGGUCAUCACAUAUAUUCAACUAUUCCAAAUAACUCGUACAAGAUCUUUACAGGUACUUCUAUGGCUGCUCCUCAUGUAUGUGGUGUGAGUGCUUUGGUAUAUUCCGUUUGUUAUAACCAAGGUUUUAUUCCUCAAGCAGAAGAGGUGUUAGAUAUAUUAACAAGGACAUCUAUAAAAAUAAUUUCUACAAAGAAAAGAACUAUAAAUGACAGUUUAGUUAAUGCAGAAGGAGCAGUUUUGACAACUUUAUUAGGAGGAUUAUGGAUGCAAAUGGAUUGUUAUUUUGUUAAAUUUAAUUUAGAAAAAGGUAAGAAAAAGCAUAUUCCUGUUGUUUUCUCUGCUUACAAGAAAGGAGUAUAUGAAACAGAUAUCGUUAUAGCUAUUAUACCUAUUGAUGGGAAAUCCAAAAUAUAUGGAGAAAUUCAUAUUCCUAUAAAAAUUGUAACAGAUGUAAAUAUUCCCAAUUUCCAGGAAUCUCCACGGAGAGGAAAAAAUUAUACUAUAGAUUCUAAUGAAGCACAGCAUGAUGAAGUCCUUUCUUAUAUCUGUGAAAAUGCCUUAUAUAAUUUGUAUGAAUAUGAUAGUCAUUAUUUGUUGGCUUCUGUCAUAUUAUUUUUUCUAGCAUUAUUAUCCAUAUUUGUUGGAGUAAUAUAUAUGAAGUCGCGUAAACAUAGUGAUGAAAAAUGUUCUAAAAAUCUUAUCAAAAGUAAUUAUAUACCAGAAAUGGAUGAUGGUAUGGAAGAAACACAACAACUGCAACAAGAAAGAAGACAAUAUUUCAGAGAAUUAUUUGGAGAAAAUUUGCAGAAGAAUUACGAUCAACAUUUUGUACAAGAUUUUGGCGAAGAUUUUGGUCAAGAUUUAAGACAAGAUUUCAAACUAGGUUCAACACCAGACUUAAAACAAUAUUCUGAUAUAGAUUUACUAAAUAAGAUACAGGAACCGGAAAGGAAAUCCGUAAAAAUAAUUAUUAAUAACUUUGAAGAUAGAAAGAAAGAGACCAAAAGAAGACUACUCAAGGGAUUAAAUUAUAAUGGAGAAAAUGUAAAGAAACAUGAUUUCACGAAUGAUAGUAUUAGCAAUAGUAGGAAAAAUUUUAAAUUCUCAAACAAUACAGAAAUGAAAAAAAAUACUAUAAAAAGUGAGGACGUCAAAAUAGCAUCUGACGAUAAUGUUAAUAAAACAAUGAAUCAACUUGAUGAUAUGUUUAUGAAAUGA